GCCAAGAUGGCGAAGACCCACCGGGAAUCAAUGCUGACCACAGCCUGCAUCCAGACCCCGGUACACCCGCACACCCGGACCCCCAUCACUCUGUAUGAGAGGGAGGAGAGGAGGAGGGGGUACAGAGACCCGGAAACCCCUGAUAACAGGCGGGGGGCAGAGAGGGAGCAAGAGGUAAUGGCUGAUUAUACAGUACCAUCAUCACUUAAUAAUAAUAUAAUAAAUAUACUAAUAAUAUAAUUAUAAUAAAAGGCUCGGCUUUCACUUUAAAUGCCUGCAAAUAGUCAAGUUUAUAUUUAUUAAUAAUUUAAAUAAUUUAAAAGUUAUCCUGUAAGUCCUGAUCUUUCCUCUGUUAACAACAAAGGAAAAACAACAGUAAGGAGGUGGUGCUGGUAUCAGUUUAUUAUUAUAAUUUUUUGUAGAGGAGACCAUUUGUAAUUCAGAAUAGCAAGUUGUGUUUUGUGAUAUUAGUUUUUUAUAAGGAAUAAUGCACAAAGGAGCUUACUUCUAGAGUGACCAUGUUAUAUAUGAUCUCUCUAGCAAACCAAAUUAAACGAUAAUAUAGAGAAAUAACCAUAAAAUAUAUGGUAACAUUUAUGGUGUAAUGUAUCUGUGCAGUACUGUCUAGUCUAACAUACAAAUUAUGGCGGUAUAUAUAACAGCAAUUUUAAGUUAAAAAAAAAAAUAUAUAUAUAUAUAUAUAUAUAUAUAUAUACACACACACACAUAUUCCAACAUGAGGACAUAGUCUUAAAUUAGGGGGGCAACGGUUUAAAAAUAAUAUCAGGAAGUAUUACUUUACUGAGAGGGUAGUGGAUGCAUGGAAUAGCCUUCCAGCUGAAGUGGUAGAGGUUAACACAGUAAAGGAGUUUAAGCAUGCGUGGGAUAGGCAUAAGGCUAUCCUAACUAUAAGAUAAGGCCAGGGACUAAUGAAAGUAUUUAGAAAAUUGGGCAGACUAGAUGGGCCGAAUGGUUCUUAUCUGCUGUCACAUUCUAUGUUGCUCAAGUGAUAACUGUAUAUAUAUAGAAACAGUCAUGAUUUUUACCCUCAAAAUCAUAAAAUAGCUAAGUCAAACUAAUGCAAAAUUGCCUAUAGAUAUUUAAACAGGGGACGUAAAGGAUAAUUUAAUCCUGCAUUAGAGUGUGCUUGAGCACAUCUGGCAACCACUUGCACAAGCCUAUGGCAAAAAUGCAGGAUAAAUCAGGCUACUAUAAGGUUGUAAAUAUUAAUGGGAAUUAUGGGAUUAUGGAAUAAAAAGUACCCCCUAUUUUUCAUGCAUUAUAUAAAAAUGCAUAAAAAAUAUAAAAAAAUAAAAACUACAUAUAUUUACGAUUCUCUUGUUUGGCCUGUCCAUUUUAGAUCUGUCCCUAAAAAUUGAUAGAAGCUAUAUACUCUUCACUGCUUGGCUCUCUCCAAGGAGGGGAAGGGAGUUCAUCAGAAGUACUGCACGAGGAUCAGCAGUUUGAGAUAUCACUGCAGUUCGAAGUCACUCUGAGUUGAGGACACAUCCUUUUUGCAACCAUGCAAUGUUUUCAGGGUUUUGGCUUGACAUAAGAGCAUCUUUUAAGCAUCUUUUUAUCUUACAUUGAAACAAAAAUAACUAGUCGUUUAGGUGGUAAAAAAAAAUCAAAACUAACUUGGCAAACUGUGUUUUCUAUUAAAAUUGUUUUAAAUAUGAUAUAUGUCCCGCUGGGAACAAGCCGCGGGCUGCACACUAACAGGCCCACAAUGGGAAACAUGUAAGGAAGGCUGAAAUUGAUGGACGCAAGUCUCUUUUCAGAUAUGUAACAACAAAACUAUAUUUGUUGCACAGUGUCUUAGCACUGUUUACAAACUGGGUAUCUUGGUGUCUUAGCACUGAUAACAAACUAUUAAAGGACCACUCUAGGCACCCAGACCACUUCAGCUUAAUGAAGUGGUCUGGGUGCCAAGUCCCUCUAGGAUUAACCCAUUUUUUUAUAAACAUAGCAGUUUCAGAGAAACUGCUAUUUUUAUAAAUGGGUUAAUCCAGCCCUCAAAGCCUCUAGUGGUUGUCUCAUUGACAGCCGCUAGAGGCGUUUGCGUGAUUCUCACUGUGAAAAUCACAGUGAGAACACGCAAGCGUCCAUAGGAAAUCAUUAUGACAGCUCUUGCCGCGCGUGCACAUUCAGCCGCAUGGGAGGAGAGGAGGAGGAUCGGAGGAGGAGGGCCCUCCGCCCGGCGCUGGAGAAAGGUAAGUUUUAACCCCUUUCCUUUCCCCAGAGCCCGGCGGGAGGGGACCCUGAGGGUGGGGGUACCCUCAGGGCACUAUAGUGCCAGGAAAACGAGUAUGUUUUCCUGGCACUAUAGUGGUCCUUUAAGUUUAACGUAACAUUGAGAACUAGUCUGAGUGCACGACACAUGUAGCCAAGCCUGCUGCUUGUUGAAUCCCCUGUGUCAGACUGGCAGUAUGUUUUGCUGACAAUUUAGUGUAACCUGUAAACUCUAGCAGUCUUUCAAAGAGCUUAAUGGCGGUGAACGUUAGCUCUUACCAUCUGCUACUGUGUGAUCUACAAAAUCAGGCCCAUCUGUUCUCCAAUCCAUCUUAAUAAUGUGAUUCUUAAUUAAACUAGCUGGCUGCACUGAUGUGUACAUUGAAAAGAUUACAUAAAAACAGAAGAAUUUGGUAUACUGUACUAAACUAUGGAAAUUGAAUUACAUAUUGCUGCACUGCUGGAGGGAAUUUAUUGAUCUUUGCGAAAUUAGUGACAUAAACAAGGCAGUUACUGUGAGACACAAGGAUACAACUAUCAUGUGCCUGCACACACUCAUACAUAUGCACACACACACACACACAUACAGACAUACACUGUCAGACAUGUACAGUCCCAAAAAGACAGACAGACAGAUACAAAUAUAGAAAUACUCCUUUUAGCAACCCUCCUUUUGGGUGCAGGAUGAUGGCCUCCUUUGUGUCUUGUGGAAAGGGGUUUGUAGCAAUGAUACCUCACCUUUCUCUUGCACUGUAUCCUAGGAGUAUCAGGAGGUGGUAUACCCUCUCAGCAGAUCUUCAUGUCAGAGUGAAUGGAUUUGUUUAAAGAUUAUUAAUGGGCUUCUCCGUGGGAGUUCUUCAAUGUAGUCUUCUUAGGGGAUAUACUUCUUUCUGCCCAAGUUUUUAUAUAUAUAUAUAUAUAUAUAUAUAUAUUUAUAUAUAUAUAUAUAUAUAUAUAUAUAUAUAUAUAUAUAAUAUAACAACAACAACAACAACCAUAGUACACAUUAGCUCCAAUACAUUCAGUUACCAAAGAAAAAGUUACCUGCGCUCUCUCCCAAAUCCCUAUGCAUAUUUAAACAAAUGGAGGUUAUUUAGUUACUCCAAUGGCCAUUAGAGGGAAAUGCCCACCUGCCACGUCAAGGCAAAACUCUUAGACCUCUAUUAAAGAUAUCUCAAAUUUUUUUUUUUUUUUUCUGUAUUCACUUUUGUAUCACACGGGUUUGUUUUCCUGGCACUAUAGGAUCCCUUUAAACACAAGUCUGGAAAGAUAGCCGGUAUAGCUCUUUUACCAUAUCACAAUGUUGGGUCAUGUAAUUAUAUUGUAGCACAAAGCGGCAAAAUGAGUUACAUUUAUGAAGGUGGGUUUGCGGCGCAGGUGCAAACUCUACAUCCCCAUAUUCCAUGACUGGCAUUAGCCUUUCUUGCUCUAUCCUUAACGUGGGGCUUAGGCAGGAUACAUCUGUACAAAGCCACUCAACCAUGAAUAGCUUUUAAGUUACAAGCUUUAGGGCUGGUAUAGCCAUAUGUUCACAGCCUGUCAUUGCCAUCCAUGGUUGGACAGCUUCUGGAAGUGAAUCGUAUGACUACUUUAGUAAAAUGCAGGAGCUAUGGUACUGUGCCCCUUUUAAAGCUAUUAUAAAAGAAUCUUGAAUGCUGUUAUUGUGAUCACAAUUUAAAUGCACAUUCAAAUUAACCUGGAUUUUCCUUGGAGUAGGAUGAUGACCUUGAUUCUGACAUGGAAAAGGAUGAGGAUUCCAAAACUUGGCAAAAUAGAGACUGGUACAUAGACAUUACCAAACUACAAAAUUCAGACCAAGCCUAUUAUACGCAGCUGGAGAGACUGAAAACUGCUCAUCUGCAGAGCAUGGAGCAACUUGAACGAAUGUAUGAACAGAAAUUAAACCUAAAAGGAGUUCAGAGUACUGAGCCUGACCAGGAAGUUGCCAGAAAAGAAUGGAGGUAAGCAGCUAUGUUUUUGCACUGUUCCUGACACUGGUUCUCAUUUCCUGUAUCAGGAUCCAAAUCUAAGUCCCUAAACCCUGUGGAUAACAGCAGUUGGAACAGACACUUCAUAUUUAUUACAUCCAGACAAAUGAUUUAGUUAUUAUAUCAGUCCUGCCUUUCCAUGUGUAUUGCAGACCCUUUUGACUAUGAAACAUAUCCAAUAAUGUUGUUUUGUCAUGUUUGUUGUCUAUAUGUAAGGAUACAUCCCUUACACUACACCACUCAUGUGAUGUCCUUAGCUCCUCAAGUAGGCACCACAUCAGUUUCCCUCAGACACCUUUGACAGUGUUUCUGGUGCUAGACACUGUAGAUCCACCAAUUUUAUGAUAUAAUGAAGUCACACCCUCUUCAUGAUGUCAUCGGUAUAAAAUCUUGUCAUUGUAAACAUUUACUUAUAUUUUGAGGGUGUAACUAUCAAUGACACGCCCAGGCCUUCAAAUGCUUGAGCUUUCAGUGCCCUGUUGUGGUUCCAUUAUGGUCAUCUAAGAUCGCAUUUCUUUAUUGUUUGAUUCCUGGUUUAUUGAAACCUGCCUGUCUCAACUAUUCUGAUUUCUGUAUCCCUGGCUCGUUUUUUUUUUCUCAAUUCUUGACACUUGUCUUGUAUCUUGGCAUUGCUUAUUUUCUGUCUUUGGUAUGUAAGCCCAGCCACUCUAAGGUCCAGUAAUACUAGUCUGUUUUUGCUUGUCAUGUGUGACUAUCCUGCUUCCUGGGUGACGACCUAUCCUGGUAAUGGAUACUGUUAAAACUGAGAAAAGGGUCACUGAAGUUUUUGAAAUUCAAAUGAACUCUCCAAGCAUUAUAACCACUACAGCAUUGUAGUGGUUAUGGUACCAGGAGUGCAAUGGUGCCUCCCAGAGUAAUUUUUCAAAUCGUUUUAAAAUGAUUUGACAAUAUGGGUCCCUCAGGCACACAGCCUUGGUGUGGUCUUCUCUUGCAGUAGAAGCUGGAUGUCCUCAUUGACCCUGGCCACUUGUACUGUUCUUUUAAGAAUAGGUUGCCAAACCAUGUAAGUAAUUUUUGUCCCUGUCAAAAACUUCCACGAAUAACUGGCAUAGGAUGUCAGUCUAGCGCAGUGACCUCUUUGAAUAAGGAAUUGGUUUUUACUCAUACCGCAAAUGUCAAAUCUCAAAAAAUAUUUGUAAAAGUUUUACAUUUUGACUUAAUAUCGUUAAAAAAAUUUUUUUUAACAGAUGUAAAACCCUAAUUUAAAUAUGUAGUGUUACUUACCCAGUGUGACAAACUGCCUUUUGUCACUGGGUUUUUAUGUGACCAACUGCCCUUUGCCCCUGGCUUUUGGAGAAGCCUGCUUGCCAGUCUCUUGCCUUGUGACUAUGGCCCCUGGGAAGUAUUGCCAUUUAAAAAGUCUGUUUGGGCUUAUUGGUUUUUGGGACACUUUUUCUGCCCCUUUGAAUCCAUGGGAAGGUGUGCCUCUUUCCCUCCCCCGUUUCCUGCCCCAUUGUUCUCCAGCAGGGCUUUGUCCCAGGGACACUGCCAGACUAGUUGGAACUGGAUGCUUUGUCCCUCCUCGGUCUCUCAUCAGCCCUUGCUAAACUUUAACCACAUGGUGAUUUGACUGUGUUCGUGGGAUCUGAGCGCUGUUCGGCUACAAUGAACUGGGGGUUCAGUUCUAUAGAAUUUUAGUUAUGUAUUUUAAUGUGUUUUGUUGCAGUUCUGACUUAGUAAUAUUUUCUGUACCUGGAGAUAAUUGAGUUUACUACAGUUACUUAAGCCAAUUAUCUCCAGGAUAGAGGAGAAAAUUGACCGACUGCACAGCCUAAAUCUGUUGAACUGUUUUGGGCAGAAAAGCCAUGCUUGCAGUCAGUCAAAUAGGAUUGCCACCUAACUUUUAAACCACUGGAGGGAAUGGUAUGAUUUUGACAUAUGUUUGUAUAUGGAGUAUGCUGAUCAGAAUAUGUAACUUUUAUGAGAAUUGCAUGUAUGGUUUGGAAGGCAGAGGGGAGGAUAUGUGUGUCCUAACUGGGAGUUUCUGACUGUAUUAUUAUGUGUUGCCAGCGGUUCCGUUACACCCAGUCAGCACAGAGAUCCCAUAUCAACACAUCUGACACAUAUUUAUACAUCCUUCUGUUAUUCUGUUUUCCUGACUCCGGCUAAUUAUUCGAUUAUUCUGUCUCUCUGUUAUUCUGACCUUGACUUGUAUUCUACUACAAUUUCUCUGUUAUUUGCAUUAAUCUGGGCCACUCUCAGAUCCAGUAAUACGUCUGUUCCAUCUAGUCUGCUAGACAAUGAGUGUUAGGUUAUCUUCCUGUGACAAAAUCAAAAUAUUUAGUACUCUGAUACCAUGUUUGGUUUGUGUGUUUUCAUGCCUCCCAACAUUGACUGUGGGUAGGAUCAGUAGGAGAACAUGGUGAUAAUACCAGACCCAGGAUCUCUGGGAAAAGGGGGCAGGUCACCCAAAAGGGGCAAUUAGUCUAAUGUGCCUCUUUUCCACAAAGCCCUACACAUGCUUGCUCUGUAUGUUGAAUGCACUGAGUUCACCUUGUGCAAACAUUUCAUCUAAUCACUGCACAUGUUGAGGCCCAAAUAUGGGUUUGUGGGAAGUAUGUUCUAUAAUUAAUAUAAGAUUCGUGCCUCUAACAAUGAAUCCCAGUAAAUGUAUCAUCUAGACACAUAUAACAGUCACAUAUAUAUAUCUGUAACUUGUACAAUUUCAAAUAUGUGUCAUAGACAAAGGAACAGAAAUUAAUAAUACUAGUUACUGAUCUUGAAUGUUAAACAAAAAUUUGUCUAUAUCCUCUACAAUACAUACUGCAGAGAGCAGAUAUCAGUUUGGAAUGGUGGCAAAAGUAAAGUGGCAGUGAUAAUGCCAUGCUUCUUCACUCUAACCCUCAGGAAGCAUGUGUCACCUUUCGCCACACAGUAGUUCUUAUUGGGAAGAAAAUAGGUUACUUUUAUGAGGACCUUAGAAUUAUGUAAGAAUUGCCAAUAACUCAUAGAGAUAGAGUGAAAACACAAAUACAUUUCUUUUAGUUUUUUUUUGUAUGAUUUAAAAUUCCUGUAGCUUAAGUAUGGUUGACAAAGUAGUUAUCCUCAAGGGAAUUUGUGCUGAUUUUCUACCUGGUAUUUUUGUCUUUUUUCUUUGUAAUAUUUGGCAACUUGGUCAGUUAAUAAUGAUAUGUAUCAUCUUUUUUAAUGUUCAGGCCACUGUGGGAAGAAGGAUGUUUGCAGCCAACUCUAUGUGAAGAGUGCUUCCUAAAGCACGAUUUCAAUUGCAGUGUUUCUUCACAGUUAUUAGACAGCUCAGCUGAUGAAUUGACUGAUGGAGAAACUUGCAGUGGUUCAGAGGAAUCAGUACCUGCCAGAAGUAAAAUAGCUCAAAUGUGGAAUGGAUUUACAAUUGAGGAUUAUAUUCAAAAUAUGUUGUGUCCCGAUCAUCGUAAGUCCCAAAGGCAGACUAAAAAAAAGAAAGCGUGGUCACAUAAACUGACCAUUCCUGAACCGUUCCAGAUGACAGUAAGGGAAUCAAAGAAAAAAGAGAUGAAUAUAAAAUCAAAGUCAGAAAUUGAACUGGAAAACAACAUGUUGAAAAAGGCAUUAGAAGAGGAGGCUGAAUGUCAGAAGAAGUUUCGAGCCAAUCCAGUUCCAGCAUCUGUCUAUCUUCCACUGUACCAUGAAAUAGUUGAAAGGAAUGAGGAAAGGCGCAAAUUUGUUAAAGAAAAAAGCAAAGAAAUCCUCUUGGCAUCUCAGAAGCCAUUCCAGUUUAUUGAGAGAGAAAAACACAAAAAAGCAGUUCAGAAACUUCACCUCUCUAGACUUCCAAAUCCAGAACACAAAGCCAAACUUUUUAAAGCAAAGCCAGUUCCAAAGUCUAUUUAUGGAGAGUCUGCUAAGGAGAGGCUUAAAGAAGAUGAGUUAUAUCGGGGUAUCAGGAUACACAUGAGAGCACAAGAACUCUUAUAUAGUUCUGCUUACCCAACUAGUACACUAGCUGGGAGCAGUAGAUCAGGAAGAAAGAAGUCAAGAUGCUUAGAACCAAAAGAGGAAAUUGAACACAAACCAAAAAUCAAUUCCUUUGUACCCAACUUUGAAGUUCUUCACCAUAAGAACCAUAAACGCUUAUUAAAAAGCAAACAUUCAAAGCAUGUUACAGUCUGCGAACCUUUUCGCCUUCGUACAGAUCACAUAUCUCAUACAGACAAGAUUCUCAAAGAUAUUGAAGCAGAUGAAGAAUACUUAAAGGAAACACGCUGGCCAUAUAAAUCCCCAAGAAAGCCUUCACCAAGAGAUGCAUGGGAUGACAUAUCACCCCGGGGAGGGCCUCCAUCUUCAACUCCAAAAUCAACAGAAUCUUCCAGAAGAAGGCAACAAGCAAUCAUGUAAACAAACAUGAGUAAUUAAUAAAAUAUGAACUAAAUGUUAACUCUGAAAUUUCUGAAUGUAAAUGCAUGCAAGAAUGUCUAUGUCAAUUACAGUAGUAGUCCUCAGUUUAUAAAAACUUUUUAUUUAUACUCUCAAGACACUCUAGACCAGGAGGACAACAAAAAACACCUGCAAGCUUUGUCUCUGAUUGCAGCUUGGUGGGCAACUCACAAAGGUCUACUGACAAAUGGUGAUUUACCAAUCAAUCAACCAUUCUUCAGUGCACCUUUUUGAUUUGUCCACCAUUGUUUUGAUUUUUUCUGUCCAUGGGGGGCUGCGAUUUUCCCCUGUAUGAUGGAACGUGGAGGGUCUGAAGGGAUCAUAGGAGAUUCCAGGAGUGCAUCUCAACUCAAACUCAUAUUGCUUUUUGCAGCAUUAUUUUAUUCUGUAACGUUAGAGCUCUCCAUCUUCACAUCCAUUUUAUUUAGAGGGUUAACUCUUUAAGGACCCAUGACAGAAUUGGAUCCAUGGCAGAAUAAUUCCAUUAUGCACCAUUUUAUCAGCAGGGACCAUUUCCCUGCUGGCUGUUGGAAAAACCAAGGUAUAAUUCACUACUUGGGCCUGUCCACUGCCAGCUGGGGCCAGAAUUAGAGGUCUUAUACUGACUGAUGAGUUGUAAGCUGCACUCAAAGUGAGUGCUGCUCACAGCACUUUUCAUUUCCGUGUCUGAACUUCUGGGUUUAAAAAUUUGUGUCUGAGCCUCUGGGUUUAAAUAUUCAUUUAAAUUCGAAUUAGAGUAGUGUUAGUUAUGAUGCUAAGAUUUGUUAGGGUAAGGGUGUGUUAGGGUUAGUUAGUGGUUUAGGGUUACAGUUAGGGUAGGAUUGUGGGUAACAGGGUUAAGGAUUAGGAUUAGUGUUUGCUCGGAUUAGUUAGUAUUAGUGGGUCAGAGUUAAUAUUUAGGGUUAGUGUUACAGUAAGGGUUAGCAUUAUAGUUAGUAUUAGAUUUAUGAUGUCAACCUUAAUGGGUUGACAACAUAGCCCUGUAUUCACUUUACUAAUCAGGUUUACGAAAUAUACAAUUAAAAACCUUUUAUGUGUGUAUGUAAAAUAUCAAAACAAAAAAACCCCCGCAAUUUUGCUACAAUGUAAAAAGUGUCUAUACCCUUAGGUAAAUACCCUGUUAUGUCUACUUAAUAUAAAUAUAUAUACUUUUGAGUGGUACGUUUGUUUUCUGUGAUACUAUUAAAUUUAGAAGACAAACAUACCAAAUUUUAACACAGUUACACAUUGAAACUGUAUUAUGCUCCUUAUAUUUUGUGACUUAUAAUUAACAAAAUAAAAUGAAAUCAGAGGCAUUUGAAAAAACAGUAUACAUAUAAUACCGUAUAUACUCUAGUAUAAGACAAGUUUUUCGGCACAUUUUUUAUCCUGAAAAGCCCCCACUUGUCUUACACUCGAGUCAGUGUCUGUAUUAUGGCAACUUACAUUGCCAUAAUACAGACCAGGACCGCCAGGCUCAUUACAAGCCCGGCGGUCCUGGUGGGGGCUGGCAGAGAGCUGUAACUUACCUUUCCUGCAGCUCCUGUCAGCUCCCUUCUCCUCUGGUCCGGUCAGCUCCCACUGUAAGUCUCGCGAGAGCCGCGGGGUCAGAGCGUUGCCACUGGUUGAAGGGACGGAGGAGAAGGGAGCUGACAGGAGCUGCAGGAAAGGUAUGUUACAGCUUGCUGCCAGCACCCCCCCACCUGCAUAGUACACACCACUGGACCGCCAGGGAUUGAGAGCCCCCCCACCCCUGGCCAGCUAACAAGCAGGGAGGGGGGACGAAAAUAAAUAAAGGUUUAAAUUAUAUUAAAAUAAAAUAAAAAAUAUUAAUAAUAUAAAAAAAUACAUAUAUAUUAAAAUAAUAAUAUUAAUUAAAAAAAAUAUAACAAAUGCCCACCCCCCACCAAAGCUCUGCAUCACAUACACAAACACACUCUGCAUCACACACACGCACUGCAUUCAUACACACACGCACACACACACUGCAUUCAUACACACAAACUGCAUUUAAACACACUGCAUUCAUACAAACACACUGCAUUCAUAAACACACAGUGCAUUAUAUACACACACACACUGCAUUCAUUAUAUACACACACUGUAAAUAAAUAUUCAAUUCAUAUCAUUUUUGGGGGAUCUAAUUUUAUUUAGAAAUUUACCAGUAGCUGCUGCAUUUCCCACCCUAGUUUUAUACUCGAGUCAAUACGUUUUCCCAGGUUUUUGUGGUAAAAUUAUAUUCGGGUCGACUUAUACUCGAGUAUAUACGGUAAGUGUUGGUGCAAUAAAUGAAAAGGAUAGACAUUGCACACACACAGCAAAAUGCUAAGUUUGCAUGUGUCGCUAAGUACAAAACAAGCAAACUGAGGCCAUGUCCUUAUGGGGUUAUAGGAGUGCUUGCUUGGUUUAAGUAAUUCAGGAAAUGGACUCAAACAAGAUGUGAAAGUUCAGAUCAGUUCUGGAUGCUUAAUGUACUGUGCAUUUAGUGAAAUUCACUAUCACAAUCAGAAAUUACAGCGCAUAAUCAUUACACUAUUUGGGACCUGGACCACGUUAAGACAAAAGAGAAGCAGAGCAUACUAGCCAGACAAACCAUUAGAUUUUAUUAUUUUAUGAUAAUCCAAAUACAGAAUAAAGCCUACAGACACGAGUAAUACGUAGCAAAUUAAGUGGAAUAUAGUCAUAAAGUGUCCAAAGCACAAACCACAAACGCCAAUGGAAGGUUCCCGCUGAUCAAAUCACUUUUACAACUUUGCACCAUAAAUGGCUUUUAUAUGGCCUAAAAUUUACAACGGUAUUUGGUAUUAAACUAUGUACCAUGAAUAACCCUCUACACUGCAGACAAAUAAUGAAACAUGUUAAUAUAAUGAACAUUUAACUUGUGGCAUUGGCAGUUCUUUGGCUCGAAAAUCUAUAAAUCUAUUCAUCAUGAUAAAUACCUGCUUUUCAGCCCUUGUGAGCUACAAGAAUCUGCAGAUACACACUUUGUUUUUGACAUGACUGAAAUAUAUAUCUUACCCUUGUUUUACUAGCUGGUAGAUGUAGCUUGAGUCUUCCUCUAGUUGGCAGUAUUCCCUUAGUAGGCCCCAUGCAAGUUCCCUUAUCCCUUUUUGGAAACUGACUGGAUUUUGAGUUGGUUUCUAUCCUCACUCAGGAAGUCUAUCGAGGACAAAGAAAAACAGGAAGAAGACCUGAAAAAAAGGACAGCAAGACAGAAACAUCUAAAGAAACGCAUAAUAGCCCGAGCUAAAGCUUUUGAUCCACUCCAAAACAUGUCCUUGUUGUCCUGUAGUAAAUUAAAAGAGUUGAGGUAACUGUUUGAAAUCAUCCAUUUGUAGGCAAGCAAAAAUGCUAGUAUUGUGCUAAUUACGCCACAGCUGGCCAAACAAGAGAUAUAUGCUCCACUUACUAGGUACCGAAAGGUUUUUGCAAAGUGUGGUGGUUGAUAUGCAAUUUAGCUAAUAAUAUGAUGCUGUGAUAUUUGUGUGUGGGAGUGGGGGGAGAGAGGUUAUCAUUAUUAUUUUGGGACUUUAUCUGUGCUCAUUUAGAAAAACUAAAGGAAUUAAUUGCAAGUAGUGCAAUUGUUCUCUUGUUUUGUUAUAUGUAUUUGUAGUAGCCUAAUUAUUUCAAAUACAUUUUUUUCCAGUUCAAACUUUGUUACUUUUUGCAUCAUUUUCCUUUAGUGUAAAACAACUGACUUGUUAUGUAAAUUUGUACAAUAGGAAACAAGACGUUCAAAAGACAAGAGAGUACUUUGAAGAAUUGGGAGCAAUGAAAGAGCGCGUUAACAAGACACCAUUGUUAUUGGAAAGAGCGACAAAGGUUUGUCAUCAGUAUUUUCAAACAUUAACAUUGGUUCUGCUGACACAGCUAACUGAUAACUUUACAAAACAUUUUCUAUAGUUUAUCACUUCUGCUUAGUAUGUACUAACUCGUUGUACAGUUAUUGGUAGCUGCUUAAAAAAAUUCCAUUUAAUAAACUCUGCUCCCCCAGUAAGCAUGCACAGUCUCUCUAGAUCUGAUGAAACUUACCGUUUUAACGCUGAAGAAAAGUUAGUAGAUGUGGGGUUAUUUGUGCAAAAGUCAGAAUAAACAUCUUAAAGUGAAACUAUCAUUCACAAAUAGCUUGGGUUACAAGUUGACAUUCAGAUAGGUAUAAAUUCAAUACAUACACUUUGCUGGUGAAAUCUCUAGCAAAUGUAUUGGUUACAAUAUUAAGCCUUUUGUCCUCGGUUUCCUCACUCAUCAUGGACUCCUGGAGUGGAAAGAGUAGCCAUCCCAUCAUGUCAUCAAAUGACACAAUCAGUAUCACACAGUUCCUAGCAUGUAGGAGCAUGCUUGUAAUUAUGGGAUGCCAUAUCAUCACAUGGAGCUCUGGGCCAAUGGCAUAGCAGCAAAGCCCAAGAAGAUAUUAAAAUGUUGAGUAAUUCUUCAUCUAUACAUUUGCUAGCGCUUUGUGUGGCACAAUGUAGAGAUUACAUUUCAUACUCUUUAAAAUAGCACCAAGUCAUAUUGCCGAACUCCAUUGGAUAUAUGUGCUGGAGCUCACCUAAGUGUUGUGACUGCUCUAGUCAGGGUUGUGUCGAUUGUGAUCAAUUUAUUUAUUUGUUGUGGACUACAUCCCCCAUAAUGCUCCUACACCCAUAAUGCUGGCAAAGCAUCAUGGGAGGUGUAGUCCAAAACAUCUGGAGUGCCGAAGGUUGCCUAUGCCUGGAGCUUGUCCAAGAGGCAUCCAGCUUGCUCAGCAGUUAGGCUCCGCCACCACAAUUUAAAAAAUAAUCUUUUUUAAUGUUACAUCUUGUUUGGCUCUACCUAAAUAGUAAAGUACCUCAAUUAAUUCUAUGCACUAGUUAGCUAUUAUGAAACUACAUCUCCCAUCAUGGUUUCCUAGCCAGAGGUGAGCAUCAAGCUACUAGAUCACUUUCAGUUAAAGGACCACUCUAGGCACCCAGACCACUUCAGCUUAAUGAAGUGGUCUGGGUGCCAGGUCCACCUAGGAUUAACCCAUUUUUUUAUAAACAUAGCAGUUUCAGAGAAACUGCUAUGUUUACAAAUGAGUUAAUCCUUCCUCCAAUUCCUCUAGCGGCUGUCUCAUUGACAGCCGCUAGAGGUGCUUGCGUCCAUAGGAAAGCAUUGUAAAUGCUUUCCUAUGCGACCGGCUGAAUGCGCGCGCAGCUCUUGCCGUGUGUGAGCAUUCAGCCGAAUGGGAGGAAUGGAGGAGGAUCGGAGAGCUCCCCGCCCGGCGCUGGAAAAAGGUAAGUUUUUACCCCUUUCCUCUCCCCAGAGCCCGGCGGGAGGGGGGCUCUGAGGGUGGGGGCACCCUCAGGGCACUAUAGUGCCAGGAAAACGAGUAUGGUUUCCUGGCACUAUAGUGGUCCUUUAAUGGCAUUCUGCAUCCCUGUUUAUCUGUUUCUCAGCCCUGCCUGGCACAAGUCUCUCCAGCUGAACAUGAGGUAUCCCAGCAGAUAUAUCUGUAUCACUAAGCAUCUAUCAUCUACAUCUAACAGCAAUUAUUCCUUUUUCCCCCCUUAGACAAUACUGCUGCUGCUACCCUUUUCACAAUAGACUUUAGUUUUCCUAUUGAUUUACCGCAGUGCUAAGUGAUGCUCUGGAAUUCUGUUCUCAAACAGUUGGAUACAAACUACAAAGGCAACUGUCACAUUCAUAAAUUAUUCUACAUUGUGCUGGACUUAGUAAACACCACUGAGGGCUGUGAGAACCUACCGUGGUGUUCUACCAAUCAGGAUGAAAGUAAAUAGUUAUGGGACUGUUGGGAAGAGUUAUUAUUAAACCAAGCUUUACAUCUACGUAAAAGCAAUUAUUUUACUCUUUAACAUGUCAUAUGUUUAUUGUAUAGUCAUCUUACAUCUUACUUGAAAUAAUUGCAUGUAUCUAUUAACAUAUAAAUAGGAUUUCAGUAUUAUCUCACCUUUCCCCUGCUCCUUUCCCAUGUAAAACAGCUGAUCUUUCCCAGUGAUCUUUCCUUUGUGAUCUUUAACCCCUUAAGGACCAAACUUCUGGAAUAAAAGGGAAUCAUGACAUGUCACACAUGUCAUGUGUCCUUGAGGGAUUAAACAAAUGAUCAUAUUGUCACGAUGAAUGGAACAUUAUGUGACAUCACACAAUUCUGAUGACCUCACAAUGCAGCUUGUUUCACAUGCUUCCUUUUAUAUUCCAUUUACAUCUCUCACCCAGCUGCGGCUACUUUCAGAGCUUGAGCAAUCCACCAGAAACACACACACACACACACACAUACAAAUCAGGCAGGGCUGUUUACAAAUUUGUAAAUUGUUAAGAAUUCAAAGUUAAUUCAAAGUAAAUAUCAAAUUUUAGUCCAUAAUAACUGAAAUGGAAAAUGACUAAAAAAAAAGUCUGCCAUGCUUUCAGUUUGAUUAUAUUGACCUAAAAUUUGAGAUUUGCUUUGAAUUCCAUUCUUGACCAUCUAAACUUUAGCGAACCAUCCUAAGUAUUUGAUGUUUUAGCUUCUCACAAGCUUGCUUUAUAUGCCCCAUGCCUAUAUUUUAGCACAUUUUUUAGGUGAGAUAUUUAUUUAGUGUGGGAGAGUGGCAGAUUACCCAUCAGUAUGUUUUUUACCUUACCUCAUUCUUCAGUGUUUUUCUAUAUAGAAUAGCUGGUCAUCCACCAGUGAUCUAUUCUCUGCUAUACUUUAAUAAAUAGCUAUCUAAUCAUGAUGGACAGCAUUUGUGCUACAGCUCUCACAAUUUCACAAGGCACAGAACGGUUUUGUCACACCACUCCACUCACAUACCAUAACAUCUGUCAUUCACCUUGGGAUGAAUUCCGAUUUGAGAUAAACCACCUGUAACAGCUAUGAGCAUGCCAAUGUAUGUGGUUUAUGUAAUGUGAUUUCAAUUGAACAAAGCAUCUUCUGGCAGUGGCAUUGUAUGAACUCAUAAAUGUAAACCUUGCUUAUUACCAUUUAGACCCAACUACACUUAUUAGUUGGGCCAGGGAUCAUUUCCUUCAUGUAACCCCUACUAUUUAUUUUCUACUUGAGAAGAAACACAUUUGUUGAUUACUUUCACCACUCUACGUGAUUGCUUAGAAAUUCAGUUAAACUAUUUGAAAAGGAAUUCAGUUAAAAGAUUACGUUAGCACUUGAUUACUGGCUUUUCACUAUCCUUCAAAUCUUUACUACUCAGUUAAUUAGUUGCAUCUCAUAGUAAUCAGUCUGAGGGUUUUGUGAAUAGACUGCACCGCGAUAAGCCAAAAGGUUUAAGAAAAUCUGCUUUCAAUAUAUGUCAUGUUAAAUUGUGAACCAAAUCUAUUUAUUUGUUUCAUUGUCAUUAAACCUCUGUUUAUUUCUACUUCAUGCAGAAAAACGCGUGUCUUGCUGCUGAAAAGCAGUACUCUAAGGUGCUAAGAAAUCUGGGCCUGUGCGAGGAUUUUGUUAUACAAAAAGGAAAGAGUUUUGACCUACAAAAUCAUGUCCGUGCCAAUAAGGAAGAACAAUAUACAAACGACGAGGAUAGGUAAUUGGAAAACGUAAUUUGUUUAAUGUCACAAAAUAGCAGCUGGGAAUAUGUUUAUACAAUUUUAGAUUUUUAGAGCGUAACUGUUGUGUGAAAAUUAUUUAGUAGCAUAUAGGAUUUUACUUAUGCCUUGAGCAGUGGUGACAAUAUACACAAUCACAGACCCACAUAAUCACUGACAUACACAAUCAUUCAUACACAAACACAAUUGUUUUUAUUAAUUAAGAGUCCCAGCCUCCCUACCUUGCCCUGGGAGAGAUGGAGUGGAUCCUCACCCUGGUGACCAGUGGGGUUGGUGGGAUUAUUGUGCUCCACAGCACCCUCUAGUGAUGCUGAUGCCAAGAUGAUGUCAUAUCCCAGUUGCCUACACUGCAGGCAGAGCACAGAAAGUAUAGUCCUCCCUUGUUGCCCAUACUCUCCUUUAGUCCGGACACUGAAAAAUUGAGUAAUCACCUGCCUACUCUGCCCAGUUUAGUUAGAGGAGGUGCCUACUCUGCCCAGUUUAGUUAGGGGCCGUGCCUGCCUAUCACCGCUGGCAAUCUAGGUGGGAGUAAUGAAUAAUCUAGAGGGUGAUUGAGCCCUUUUAGCAGUGCCAUCGAUAUAUAUUUUUUUAAAUAGUCAUCAGGUAAGUAAAUAUGCCUGCUAUAAUGUAGGUUGGUAGAUAUAUCUCUGCGAGGAGCAGACGAGAAGGUCACUGGCUAAAUGGACAGACCAAGAAGGGGCGUACAUACCAAUUAUUUUAUUAAUAUUUGUUAAUUACCACGUUGGUGAUUGUGUUACACCUGUGUGGGUCACCAAUUGGUUUUUAUAAUCAGAGUAUUUUAGUGAUCACUUAUACACAUUGUUUCUAUUUUUACCAUACAUGUUAUAGAUUGUGAAACAUGUAUAGAAUAUUUAAAUUGUUUGCGCACCAACUUAUCAAGUAUUUAUCUAGGAUCUUUUUACUAGGGUUUAUGUGGUUGGCUACAUGCCUAAUAGUGACACUAUUUAAUUAUUUCUUUAUGAGCACUUGCACUUUGUAAUAGACUAUAGCGCCAUCUUGUUCCACUUCUGCUGGUUUUUGAAUCAAAGAUAAUACCAGGACAGUGAGCUUGCAGGGAAGGGCUGAUGCAAUUACUAUGAACUUGCAGGGAGAGCAGAGGAGGAGAAAAAAUAAGAAUCUCAGAGGUUCAGUUUCAGAAAGCGUGAUGACAUACAAUCAGAGGUAGAAGAAUAGCAACUGGUGACGUGUUUCAGGACAGUGGGGGAGAGAUCAAGGGAGGAUACAUAUAUCUGUGUGUCACUGGCAUACGUGUGGUAGCGGAAUCCCAAGGAAUUAAUACGUUUGCCAAGCAACAGUAUAAAGAGAAAAUAAAAGGGGACUAAGUAUAGAGCCUUGGGGAAUCUAACUGAAAGAGGCAGUGCUGUAUUCUGGCUUUGUGCUGCUCUAGGCAUGACAAAACCCAGACACCCUCCUCCCCCCUUCAAAUUUCUCUUACUGACAGACACAUACAUAGUCAUUGUCACACACACUGUUUAACCAACACACACUUUCACUGAAACAUACAUAUUCACCAGGGCCGUCUUUAAUAUUGAUUGGACCCUGGGCAAGCAUCUGUUUGGGCCCCCUGGGCAUGCAAUCACUCCCUCCACCCCAACCUAGAGGCGAAACUAAUGUAGAGAGUGCCUUGGUGCAACAAAAAAUAAUUCAGGCCUGCCCUGUAGCACAAGAGUAAAGAAAAGAUAGAUCCCCAUCUGUCAUACAACUCCUGCGAUGCUAUGCCAGCUGGGGAUCUACCAUCCUUGCAGGGUUGUAUUUUUGAGCAGUGUUUGUGCAAAUGAAUGUCAGCAUGUUAUUGUAUAGAGUGUAUGUGUGCAUGUAGGAGUGUAUUUGUAUGUACUGUUACCAUUGGAAUGCAGUGGUGUACUUGUGUGUAGUGUUUGCAUUUUAAUGCAGGGAUGUGUGAUUGUUUGUAGUGUUGGCUUUUAAAUGCAGGUGUACUUUUGUGUGUAGAGUUGGUGUUUGUAUAUAAUUUUAGCGUUUUAAUACAGGAAUGUGUUUGCAUGUAAUGUUUGUAUUUGCAUGCAGGGGGGUGUUUGGAUGUAGUGUUGUCUUUUAAAUACAUGUGUACAUUUGUGUGUAGUAUUAGUGUUUCAGCAAACUGGUGUGUUUGUAAUGUUUGUGUUUGCAGGGGUCUGUUUGCAUGUUGUGUGAUUUCUAUAACACAUAUACACAUACACAUUAACACGCAGAUACACACAUGCUCACACUGACACAUGCUCACACCUUGACACAUACUGGCACAUACACAUAUACACACACUCAGAUACACACCCUUUGACACACAGAUACGAGCACUUUGAUAUACACACACUGGCACAUACACACACACACUGACACAGGUAUAUACACACACACACUCAGAUACACACAUACAUAAAGGUAUAAAUGCAGGGGUGUAUAUGUGUACAGAGCUAGAGAUGGAAUGUAGGAGUGUAUUUGUGUUGGCAUUAAAAUGUUGGGAUGUAUGCAUUACCACACACUCAGAUGCACACUUACACACACACCGAAACACACACACAGGUGCACAUACAGGUGUAUGAGGUAUACAUACACACAGAAACACUGACACACAGACAAACACAGCCAGAUACACACAAGGACAUAAACACAGCCAGAUACACACAUAUAUAUGUGUACAUUUACAUAUUUUAAUCUCUGCCUUCUAGCAGCUCUUGGACAGCAACUCCCAGCAACCUUGGCCAAUAUAAUGUCUCAACUCUGUUCUUACAUACCCUGGUCCAGAAUUUGGCAAAAGUGACAUUUGAAAAUGGUGUACAGCCUUUGAUAACACUUGAUGCAAUAUGUUAAAAUAAAUACUUUUUACAUUUAUAUUUAAUAGGGAACUGUCAGGUUCUUCUAGGAUUUUUAACAUGUACUUAUUCCCUGUGUGUUACAUUACAAACACCAACACUUGAAUAAAAGUGAUAUCAGAAAUUAGCAAAACAAAAAACAAAACAUAUUUAGCCACCCUCCUGUCUCCUUACCUUUUGGGUACAGAAAGGUGGCUUCCCUGGGGUCCAGUGAGAGCUUGUUGGCCCAGGCUGAUGGGAGUCUGCCAUCAGCUUUCUCAGUCCCUCUCCCCCACAAUGCUUGCAUCCUCCUCCAUGUGGUGUGUGCCUCCUCCCCAGCGGCACUGAGGAGGAAGUGAUCAGUUCUUACUGGGAGGAAGCAAUCUGACCUCACUGCCUCCCAGCAUGCCCAGGAAACAAAGAGACUCACAGGGCAGUAUGUGAGGGGGCUAGCUGUGAGUAUGUAGUCAGCCACCCCCCAUAUAACAGGGGCCCGGGCCGGUCCAGAGCAGUAUUAAAGGGCUGUGGCCCCUGAUUACCUCAGGUGCCGCAGGGGGCCCAUGGGGCAGCUGCCUUAGGGCCCCCAGGAGUAACUGGGCCCGGGGCAGCUGCCCCUUUUGCCCCUCCUUAAAGACGGCCCUGAUAUUCACAUACAUAAACACUCACAUUUACAGACACAUACACACUCCCUGACAAGACACACAUGCAUAGUCACUGACAGACACACACUGACUCAGUGUCACACACACACUGGGACACACAUAUACUCAUUGUACUCACUGACCAACACAUACACACUCAAUGACCAAAACACAUACACACCCACAGACAAGCACAUAUAUGCUCUCAGUAACAGACACAAACACACUCUUAACAGACACAGACACACUCUUAACAGACACAGACACACUGUCACUAACAGACACACAAACUCACUAACAGACACACACUGACACACACUAACACUCACUAACAAUAGCUAAUUACUUAUGUCCUACACCUGAUAACUUUUUCUCACUGGUGUCUGUAAGGCUGCCAUUAACCAAUCACCUCCUUUUGAAGGGGUGAGUCAAAAUGGCUGCUCCUACACAUGCAUGUGCUCUCAGUGCAUUCUCAAUGGCAACUAGCCUCAGAGUUCGACCCAUGCCGUUUGUAGUUUUAAAAUACAGGAAUAUUGUAUUUUUUAUCAUAGAAAUGUACUUAUUUGUUCAGCAAAUCUUUUGAAAUAUUUUUGUUUAUUCUUAAAGUUUAUAGUCAAACUGUACAUUAAUUGAAUAUUUUCAUUUGAUUAUUUUUAUAUUUUCUUCUUUUUUGUUUAUCUCUAGCAGCACUGAAGGCACUUUAGAAUUGGAUGAUUUGCAGGAUAAUGAAGAGAGUGAUAAAAAUGGGUCUGCACAUUCUGAGAUCAAAGAUCAGGAGCAGGAUGAAUACAGCGCAGAUAGUGAUCACAGCGACGAUGUUAUAUAACCUCAUCCUCAACCUAUUUUAAGGUUGAGUCAUAUUGAGCUGAUAUAUAGAUUUUUUUGGAAAGAGUGAGGUUAUAAAAUCAUGGUGCUAAUAGUGGUUUUAUCAGUUUAAAAGCAUUAAAUCAAAAUGACAGUCUAUGAGACACAUCCUCUUCUGUUCAAUGCCCCCUCGUUAUCAAUGUAAUACAAAAGAACUUUCACCUUGAUACAGAAAGUGAAAUAAAUACAAAGUGUGAAAACCCCACAAAUCAGGUUUACCUAAAAUAACAGUCCCCUCAAACUGUAGAAGAAUAUGACAGGACUCCUCCGGGUCCUCAAUAGUACCAAUACACAGAGUAUAAGAUUCAAAUUGAUUGUAGGCGUAUCAAAUACUGUGUGAUGACUGAAAAUAUCCUCAGAUGCGAAUGGACAUAUAGAAGAGUGAAAGUAAACACAAAAUAGGUGUAGACCAUAAAAACAAGGACUGACACUUAAUAUUAGUACACUUACAAGAUCCAAGUGUUAUUAGUGCUCAUCACAUCUCAAAGGAUGUAGUUUCUGGCUGGAUCCCAAGAAAUGUUUGGAGAUGACUUGUUGAGAUAUUAAAUGAAUUUAUUGGACAAAAAUAAAAUGAAAACAUAAAAACAAUCAACUCUCUAAUACAGCACCAAUCCUACGCGUUUCGUCCGUUUAAUACCCGGACUUCCUCAGGGGUUCAAUAGUUCUUUAGCAACCCGUGAAUGUAGCUUGUGUCCUUCGCGUCCUUCACUUCUUUUUAUACCGGUAAACUUCUUCCCGCUGCUUUCUCCAGCCUGUCCGCGGCGAGUGAAUCAGCUGUUCCACAUCUAGUGAGUGCGUUCCGGACCUCGUUCACAUAUGGCACGCAUGCGCCUCACCAUUCACUGUUCUUUGAUGGACAUAAUACGUAAUCUCUCUUGUAGUCCAUACCAAAGUUGGACUAUUUUUUAUACUCUCUCUCGAUGGACCAUUUUAAUUGGCAGUGUUGUUUAGUUUUAAUUAUUACAUGCUUGUUUAAUGGUGUUUUUUUGUUUUUUUUUAACAAUCCCUAAAGAGAUACUUGCUGAGAGAAUAGUAUAAAAUAGCUCAAGAAGCUCUACAUUAGCAUGCAGACAAACAUUUUACAUUUACAAACUAAGACUAUUGGCCUUUUUUGUUUUUAUGUAUUUUAAUUAAAGUGCCUUUUUGUUGUAUUUUAGACCAUUUUCACAUUGAUUCUCUUAU